UCAUCGUCACUGUUUUUCACUUCCAACUCGUAUACCUGAAUCUCACCAUCCCAUUAAUGGCUACCGUACGGCUCAUAUUUUCAUCUACUCUCCUUUUCCCUUUAUCUUUCUCUUCAAUUGUCUUUCUCUUCUUUACAUAAAUAUCUCUCUCCACAUUUCUUCCAAGUUUUCAUCCACCAUGGCCACUGAGUUUUCCAACUGUGUUGAGUACGGUCUUCAUUUGUCCAAGCGAAUUUACUAUGGAAAAGGAUCGGCGCCGGCGGCUUUAGCGCGGCAGAUGUCUAGAGUAUCGGAGGAUUACCUUCCGACGGCUCCGAUGGUGUACGCCGUCAUACCGGAGCCGACAAUUGUGGACAAUCCGGAUGUUCCAAGCUACCAGCCUUACGUGCACGGGCGCUGUGUACCGCCGGCGUUGAUUCCGCUGCAUAUGAAUGGAGUUUCCAUGGAAAUCGAUUGCUGUUUCGAUACUGCGUUCAUUGGCGUUAGCGGAACAUGGCGCGUGCAUUGCGUGAUGGCAGGGAAAAGCUGUGAGUGCCUUAUUGCGGUGCCGAUGGGAGAGCAGGGUUCACUUCUAGGUGUUGAAGUCGAUGUUACUGGAACGUCACAUCGCACUGAAUUAGUCUCCAUGGAAGACGCAGAAGCUAUAGAAAAACUGGCAAAAUCUGAAGAUGGAAAGUUUCUGAAAGGGCGCCGGAUAUACACAUUAAAAAUUCCCAAGGUUGAUGGUGGCGGCACUCUUUCAGUUCGAAUCAACUGGUCCCAGAGAAUACCAUACUUUGAUGAUCUCUUCUGUCUAAGUGUACCUUUCCAUUUUCCAGCUUAUUUAGUUCCUCCUGGCAAAAAAGUCAAGAAUAGCCAAAAGAUCUUAUUGCAUAUAAAUUCCGGUAUUUCGUCAGAAGUUGUAUGCAAACAUACAAGCCAUCCGAUGAAGAUACUAAGGCGCGAAGUUGGCAACUUAAGUUUCUCCAAUGAGGCAGAGGUCUCAGCAUGGUCAAAUAUGGAUUUCGAUCUUUCAUACUCAAUUUCUCCUAGUGACUUGUUUGGUGGUGUGCUACUCCAAUCGCCGUCUCUUCAUGAUUUUGAUCAAAGAGAGAUGUUUUGUCUGUACAUUUUUCCUGGCCAGAACCACAACCGGCAGGUUUUCAGAAAAGUAGUAUUUAUUAUAGACAUAAGUGGAAGCAUGAAGGAUGGUCCUAUCGAGAGUACAAAGCGUGCAGUGCUUGCAUCACUUUCAAAGUUGAAUCCUGAAGAUGCAUUUAACAUAAUAGGGUUCAACGGAGAUACUAAAUUAUUUUCAUUAUCGAUGGAGCAAGCAACCAAAGAAGCAAUUACAAGGGCAACAGAAUGGAUUGACGCUAAUUUAGUAACUAAUGGUGGUACUAACAUCCUGCUUCCGGUUGAACAGGCUAUAAAGAUGUUGGCUGAAACUGGCAAUUCAAUCCCCCUCAUUUUUCUCAUUACCGAUGGUUCUGUUGCUAAUGAGAGAGAAAUAUGUAAUCUUGUGAAAGCUUCUUUGAAGAAGGGGAAUACAAUCUCUCCUCGUUUGUGUACUUUUGGUAUCGGUACAUUUUGUAACCAUUACUUCCUACAAAUGCUAUCGGAAAUUGGAAGAGGGAUUUAUGAUGCUGCUUAUGAUGUAGAUUUGAUUGAUUCUCGGUUCCAGACAUUAUUCACAAAAGCCUCAUCGCUCUUUCUCGCCAACAUCACCGUGGAUGCUUUCAAGCAUCUUGAUUCAUUUGAGUUGUUUCCGACUCAAAUUCCAGACCUUGCAUUUGGAAGCCCAUUGAUAAUAUCAGGCCGAUACAAUGGAAGCUUUCCAGAUUCGUUCAAAGUUAGUGGAACCUCAGCAGAUAUGAGCAAUUCCACAAUUCAUCUCAAAGCUCAAAGAGCGAAAGAACUGCUUCUUGAUAGGGUGCUUGCGAGACGACAAAUUGAUGUAGUGACUUCACAUGCAUGGUUAUUAGAAAGCAAGGACCUCCAAGAUAAGGUUGCAAAAAUGAGCAAACAAACCGGGUUUCCGUCCGAGUAUACGCGUUUGAUUCUAAUGCUGGCCACCGAAGGGAAAAAAGCUCCACUAUCCAUUAUCUCACAAGAGAUGCGUAAGAGAUUUGACUUGUCAAAGUCGAACAAGGUAGAAUGGAAGGGGCAAAAGAUAAUUUUAUUAGGGAACCAAGGCGUUGGGUUUGGGAACUUGGCCGCAACCGCCGAGAAUAUCCAGCCAGGUAAGGAAAUAAAGCCAUCUCAAGCUACAGAUCUGUUGGUAAAAGCCGCUACAAAUUGCUGUGGAAGAUUGAUCGACCGAUUCUGUUGCUUGUGUUUCAUAAAGUCUUGUAUGUACAUGAAUGACAGGUGCGUUGUGGCUUUUACACAACUCACUGCCGCUCUUGCCUGCUGUGAAAUCUUUAAUUGCUGCUUUGAAUUAUGUGAAUGCUUCUGAUGUUAACAAUACAUAAUAUAUUAAAAGAUAUAUAUAUAUUUUAAUCUUGUUCAUAAGGUGAAAA